CUUCCGUCAGGCAGCCCGAAGCUUUCUGAAUGAGCUACAUCUGAGACAGGUACUAUUCAGGUUCGGAGACUGACGGAGUACUGACCCCAAGUAGCCGUCACCUCGGAUAGUGGACAGUGGUCACUUGACCUCGGACGUACUGGACAGAAACAACAAUAAGUUUUCGUGUAAAGUGUCAAGACUUCAUAAGAUUUGUGAACAUCAUACUGUGACAGAUUAAAACAAAUUAAUCUUAACUUUGUUCAGUUUCCGUUCAGGAUUCCUGCGUUUCCUGUUGGAGUUAAAUGUAAAAGUUGAUACGGACGUGCUGCCAUUUCGCACGUGGGGGAAGCUUAGGACCUUUGACCUAUGAACAAUAUGUGUUGUUGAGGAUAAAAAGAACACGUGUAAACACUUUAAAGGGUUGACCUUACCGGAUCAAUUCCAUCAAAAAUGGGGAGAUAUGAAUCCUUCACUUUCUCAGAAACAGCGAGUGCUACUUCGUCCUACAAAUCCCGUAAGGGAUGCUUCGUGAAGAUAACCACUGGUGUAGUAUUCGUGUUUGUGGCUGUUGCCAUAGCAAUAGGAGUUGGCCUAAUUGUUCAUUUCACAGAAAAAGAUAAAUCGUCAUCAUGCGCAAAAGAUCAAGUUGUACUUCCGGGUCAAACUGCUGCAGAAACAGGAAAGAAUGUAAAGCCUGGAACUGGAACAACCCCAUCCCCGCCGGAUUUGUCUAAAACAUGCAGGAACAUGGCGACUAACAACGGUGGUGGUAUAUGUCAGGCUUGUCCACAUUCCACCUGUCCACCUCACAUGACCACCGCAGCGCCACCUGUGAGCCACCAAACGCCAGCACCACAGGUGGAAUUCAUCAGACUCCCGAAAACGAUUGUGCCUGCUGAGUACGACCUUGUGAUGACUCCUCACAUGUAUGGCCCAGAUCCGGAUCAGUUCACGUUUGACGGUAGUGUGGAUAUUAAGAUAAAAUGUAAAACGGCAACGGACAAAAUAAUCAUACAUUCCAAGAAGCUCAUAAUAGACAAAACUACCCUGAGACCCGAGGUGGCCCCGGAAGACAUAAAAAUCGACAAUAUGAGUGAAGAUGAGACCCAACAGCUGUUGACAUUUACAUUGAAUAAAAAUAUGCUUGCUGACAGUUUUUAUCAUCUGUCAAUUAAAUUCACCGGGCCUUUGAAGAAGGACCUUGCUGGACUAUACCUUAGCUCUUACGAACAAGACGGCGUCACCAGGUACCUGGCAACGACGCAGUUUCAACCCACUGAUGCUAGAAAGGCGUUCCCAUGUUUUGACGAACCAGGAUUCAAAGCCAUCUUCAAGAUUACAGUACUUCGUCAAACUGGUUGGCACUCGCUGUCCAAUUCACCGAUUGACUCUACCGAAGACAGGAAUGGUAUGAAGGCCGACAUGUUUGCACCAACCUUGCCUAUGUCGACUUACCUUGUGGCGUUUGUCGUAUCCAAGUUCGGUAACUCGAGCGGGAGGACUCAACACGAUAUCGAGUAUGGUGCCUGGGCCAAGCCCGAGUCCGUCCCCUACACCCAGGAGGCCCUACGACUGGGUAUUAACAUCAUCACCUACUACGAACAGCUGUUCGGAAUACCUUUUCCAUUGAAGAAACAAGAUAUGAUCGCCAUUCCUGACUACCCCCUGGGAGGUAUGGAGAAUUGGGGACUAGUGACAUACCGCGAGGAAGCCAUGUUGUAUAAUCCCAAAACAAACUCUGAAUACACAAAACAAAAGGUCACAAAGGUCAUCGCGCAUGAGCUUUCGCACCAGUGGUUCGGUGACCUUGUCACUAUGCAGUGGUGGGACGACCUAUGGCUGAAUGAAGGUUUCGCCACCUAUAUGGAGUACGUGGGAACAAACUUCUCCCAUCCCGACUGGAACAUUUUUGACCAGUUCACAGUCGGAGACUUGUAUGAUGCUUUUGAUUUUGAUGGGCAACGCACCUCCCACCCCAUCUACGUUCCUGUCAUUUCCCCGUUUGACCAGUUCACAGUCGGAGACUUGUAUGAUGCUUUUGAUUUUGAUGGGCAUCGCACCUCCCACCCCAUCUACGUUCCUGUCAGUACCCCGGUACAGAUCGGCGAAAUAUUCGACCGGAUAUCUUACUCAAAGUUUGAUUGA